AUGUGGACCUUGAUUAACCCCGUCUCUUCAUGUCUCUCUUUGUGUCUGCAGGCCGUCGAGACAAACCUGGCGUCCAAAGACAGCCACUGGGUGUUUGUGAACGAGGAAAUCAGCGACACAGAGAUCCUGGAGCUUACCCACAGUGCACUGGGGCGGAUGACGGUGAUCCGGCAGAUCUUCCCCCUGUGGAGGGACAGCAGCACCCGCUGCAUGAGACAGAACCACCGCAUCUCGUCUCUGCUGUGUGACCCGCAGGAGGGGUACCUGCAGAACCUGGAGGUGUCCAGCCUCUACCUGUACGACAGCGUGCUCAUGCUCGCCAACGCCUUCUACAGGAAGCUGGAGGACAGGAAGUGGCACAGCAUGGCGAGCCUCAACUGCAUCAGGAAGUCGACCAAACCGUGGAACGGCGGCUGGUCCAUGCUGGAGACCAUCCAGAAGGGGAACAUCACAGGUCUCACAGGUACGAUGGACUUCAAGGACAGCGGCUCAAACUCUCAGGUCACGUUCGAGAUCCUCGGCUCCAGCUUCAGCGAGACCUUCGGCAAAGACAUCAAGAGGCUCGCCACGUGGGACUCGGUGCACGGGCUGAACGGCAGUCUGAAGGAGAGCCGCAUAGAGAACGGCAUGCAGGGCGUGACGGUCAAAGUGGUCACUUUACUGGAGGAUCCGUUCGUCAUGGUGGCAGAGAACAUCCUCGGGCAGCCGAAGAGGUAUAAAGGUUUCUCCAUUGACGUUCUGGACGCCCUCGCCAAAAUCCUGGGCUUCAAAUAUGAGAUCUACCAGGUGGCAGACAGUAAAUAUGGAUCUCAACUACCCAACGGCUCGUGGAACGGCAUGAUUGGUGAUCUCAUCAACAAGAGAGCCGACCUGGCCGUGUCAGCCAUCACCAUCACACCUGAGCGGGAGAACGUGGUCGACUUCAGCAAGCGUUACCUCGACUACAGCGUUGGCAUCCUGCUGCGAAAACCGGAAGAAAAGAUCAACAUCUUCUCUCUCUUUGCACCCUUCGACCUCGCCGUUUGGGCUUGUAUUGCGGCCGCCAUCCCUGUGGUGGGAGUGCUCAUUUUCCUUCUUAACCGGCUGCAGGCGCUGCGCUCCUCCUCCUCCCAGAAUGCACCGCCAGGCCAGUCCUCGGGUGGCGAGGGAUCAGGGACCUUGCACAGCGCCAUCUGGAUUGUUUACGGAGCGUUCGUACAGCAAGGUGGGGACGGUGUAGUCGGCUCGGUGGCUCUCAGGAUCGUCAUGGGCAGCUGGUGGCUCUUCACGCUCAUCGUGUGUUCGUCGUACACCGCCAACCUGGCAGCGUACCUCACCGUGUCACGCAUGGACCACGCCAUAAAGUCGUUCCAGGACUUGGCGCGACAGAUCGACGUGGACUACGGCACGGUGAGGGACUCGGCGGUCUACGACUACUUCAGGAACAAAGGCACCAACCCCCUGGAGCAGGACAGCACGUACGCCGAGCUGUGGAGGACCAUCAGCAAGAACAGCGGCAUGGACUACUCCGUGUCCAGCCCGUCGGAGGGCAUCCGCAAGGAGGUGGAGACAUGUGUCAGGAUCUUGGAGCUUCAGGAGAAAGGUGACCUGGACAUCAUGAAGCAGAAGUGGUGGCCUCGCACCGGCCGCUGUGACCUCAGCAGCCACGCCAGCGCCCACCCGGACGGCCGCUCCCUCAAGCUGCACAGCUUUGCCGGUGUCUUCUGCAUCCUGGCCGCGGGCCUGCUGCUGGCCUGCCUUGUGGCCGGGCUGGAGGCGUGGUGGAACAGCAACCGCUGCCGCCAGGAGCAGCCCAAAGAGGACAAGGAGGUGAAUCUGGAACAGGUGCACCGUCGUAUGAACAGUCUUUUGGACGAGGACUUGGCCCACAAGCAGAUCCCCGGCCCCUCUAUCGAGAUCUCUGCGCUGGACAUCGGCAGAGUGCAACCCAGCCAAGCCUCUCUGGUGGGGGGGCCGGAGUCCGUGCGGGACUACCCGGGCCUCGGUGUGACCACCUUCCUCCCCGGGGAGGGGGCACCACCUCCCCCGCAUCCCCAUCCUCACCAUGGGGGGACCCUAGGCAGGACGCUACCUCCGUCCCAGGGCCCUGGCAGCAACACGUUGCUCCUGCACCACCCUCUCAGCAGCACCAGCCUCAGCGGCACCAUGCAGUGCAAACACAGGGCGCCCAACGGGGGGCUCUUCCGGCAGAGCCCUGGCAAGACACCCAUGCCAAUGUCCUACCAGGCAGUCUCCGGAGGACCCAUACCCGAAGUCAUUGAUGCCACCCACAGUACCUCCAUAUAGAUCCCAAACAGGAGGGGCUCAAACUGCAUCAACGAUCAGUCGCUCUCUGGACUCUGGUCUGGUUUCUGAUGCGACUCUGCUUACUCUGAAGGAAAAUUAUUACAGAAGGAAAAACAUAUAUGUACAAAGAAAAAAGAUUUUUUAUCUCACUUCCUGUUCAGAAAAGCAGAUGUUACAUAAAAACAAAAAAAAAUGGGGAGGGGGGUGGCGGGUGUAAUUUUUUCUCUUGUACAUACGUGUAAAUACCAAGAGAACGAAGUGAGGUCAAAGUGUAUUUUGAAUAUUCUCAAUUUUUUGAAGUUGAGUAAUAAAAAACAAAAACAAGAUAAAAAAAAAAAAAUCUAUACAUUGAUGAAAACGUUAUGACUGUUUGAAUGGCUUUGUAAAUUUUGUUCAAUAUGAAACAAUGACGCGAAAUUCAUUGUGAUUGUUUUCUAAGUGCCGAAAUUAAACGAUGUCUCUCCACAACU